AAAUGGUGGCUGGACUGAAAUGCCGUAUCCGAUGAACACGCACUGUUCCUCAGAAGUAACGGUACCUCAUUGAUUGUUCUUCGCCAUUAUCAACAAAAUGGACCAGUCGAUGUUAAAUACAUUUGCAAACACAUUAGACAUUCGCUACUCAGUGCUGGACAAUCUGAGUGAUGGCCGAGGUGCUUACCGUGGCACUAUCCACAUCACCAACAACUCCUCCAGUGACCUGGGCUAUGGUAAAUGGGGAAUAUACUUCUGUCACCUACGGAUGAUGGAGCCUGACGUUUUGCCUGUGGCAAACUCACAUGUGUACGAAGAUGUGAAAAUUCAGGUGAAACAUAUCAAUGGCUGCUUGUUCAUGUUUGAACCUGUGAAAGGCUUUGCCACACUGAAAACUGGACAAACCAUUGAAAUCCAAUUUAAGGCCCAGUACUAUUCUGUUGCAAAGACAGAUGUAUUCCCCAAUUGGUACCUCACAUCUGAGGGUUUGGAACCCCGUUUGAUCAAGUCAACAACUGGAGAGAGCCUGGACUUUGUCUCAAGGUUUGACACCCCCAGCAAGUGGAAGAGGUUUGAUUAUGAGAUGAGUAACGGUCAAAGAAGGAGGGACCUGUAUGAUCCUUGGAGUGCGGAAGUUCGUUUCCAGAACAAUGAGGCAAAUACAGGAGGCAAGAAAGCAGAUGUGAACCUGAUAGUUCCGACACCAUAUAAGCUCGAGUUCAAGUCAUCCAACGCUGUCAAUCUACAGGAGCCUGGAUGGGCUGUCUGGUCACAUGACCAAGUGAGACCUGAAGCCACACACCUGUCAGAGGUACUUGGGCUAAACCUGGUAGAUGGCAGUGAAGUGGAGGCAACUGGUCGUGACAGAACUAUAUUAGUGAUGCUAGGCUCCGUGGCUCCAGAGGAUCCUAAGUGUGCUGACAACCAGGAAGCAUAUAGCCUGGAUAUUGGCUCCAUGUGUGUGAAACUCCAGGCUCCAACACCAGCAGGGAUCUUCUAUGCUGGACAGUCUUUACUCAGUCUGCGGUACUCCGAUGGAACUCACCCACUUGUUUCUGUGUUGGACUAUCCAAGAUUCCAGUACAGGGGGAUGCAUGUUGACGUGUCCCGUAACUUCCACACCAAGGAUGAGGUUGUGGCUCUGCUGGAUGUCAUGGGUCGGUACAAGCUGAACAGGUUGCAUCUCCACCUGACUGAUGACGAGGGAUGGAGGCUGCAGAUUCCCGGACUGGAGGAACUCGCACAGGUUGGUGGUUGCCGAGGUCACGACCUUGAGGAGGAGAAGCGUCUACUUCCUGUACUGGGUUCAGGUCCUGCCCCAGACCUGUAUCCUGGCUCGGGAUUCUAUACAGUUCAGGACUAUAGAGAGAUCUUGAAGGCAGCCGUGCAACGACACAUUGAAGUCAUUCCAGAGAUUGAUAUGCCUGGACAUAGUCACGCUGCAAUAGUUGCCAUGGCAGCACGAUGUCGCCGUUUGAUAAGGGAAGGUAGACCCGAGGAAGAAGCUUGUCAGUAUCUGCUGUCUGAUAUUGAGAACCCUUUCAAGGUUCAGUCGGUACAGAUGUUUUCUGACAAUGUCCUUGACCCUGGGCGUGAAUCAACGUACACAUUUGUCGACAAGAUUGUGAAGGAACUAAAGGCAAUGCAUGAAGGUGUUUCCCCGCUGAGGAUGUUCCACCUUGGAGGAGACGAGGUGCCAUACGAGGCGUGGCUGGAAUCACCGGCAUGUCAGGCAAGGAUCAAAGCAGGGGAAGUGUCGUCGGUCACGGAGCUCAUGGGAUACUUUUUGAAACGAGUGGCUCGGAUUGUCAAGUCUCAUGGCCUGGAUGUUGCUGCGUGGCAGGAUGGUAUUGUGAUGAAGAAGACGCAACUGUUUGACAGAUCAGAUUUUGAUAAUGACAGCGUUGUGGUUUAUGCUUGGAAGAAUGUUUGGGAGACAGGAAUGGCCUCGGACACAGUGAAGCUGGCUAAUGCAGGCUACAAGGUGGUGAUGUCUCAAGCAACACACCUGUAUUUCGACCACCCCUAUGAGCCCGACCCGGAGGAGAGGGGUCUAUAUUGGUCGGGACGCUACCUGGACACACACAAAGUAUUCAGCUUCAUGCCAGACACGCUGUAUGCCAAUGCUGACCGAAAGAUGACUGGGGAACCCUUCACAGAGGCGGAGCUGAACAAACUGUCCCUGGGGAAUGAGUGUACGCUUACAAGACCUGAGAACAUCAUAGGUCUACAAGGGCAACUGUGGAGUGAGCUAGUGCGGACACCAGGCCAGCUGCAAGAGAUGAUCAUACCUCGCAUUAUAGCACUGGCGGAGCGAGCGUGGCACAAGGCAGUCUGGGAGGAUGUAGCAGACCGAUCCCAACUGGAAGUCCUAAGGCAGAAGAACUGGGCAGAAUUUGCCAGCAUAUUAGGUAGCAAGGAGCUGAAUCGACUGGAGACAAUGAACAUCUCGUACUAUCUGCCACCACCAGGAGUUAGGCUGUCAGAAGGUGGUCGAGUGAUGACUGUGAACUGUGCCUACCCUGGUCUACCCAUGUACUACAGCUGGGAUAGAGGCAGCACAUGGCUCCGCUACUCACAGCCGGUUGAUGUUGCACCAGGCUCCACGGACGUCACACUUGUAACAAGGUCUUUCAGUGGGGAGAGGUCAAGUCGUCAGGUUGCUGUGAACUUGGACUGUGAAUUGGACAGCCAUCGGGAUCCCAGUUCAUGAGCUGAACUGCUCCAAAACUGAUGACUCCACCUUCCUAAACCACUGAACUGAUCCAAACUGAUGGAUCCACCUUUUUAGAAAACUGAAAUGCUCCAAACAGAUGGAUCCACCUUCCUUAAAAAACUGACCUGCUCCAAACUGAAGGAUCCACCUUUCUAAAAAACUGAACUGCUCCAAACUAAUGGUUCCACCUCAGCAAUUUCAGACAGAUAGACACAGUUCAACAACUCAAUCAAGAACCCAAUCAUUCACUUGUCAGGUGAUGAUAAUACCUAUAGGGUGAUUUUAGUUCAUUAGCUAACAGGGUCACAUGGCUCAAUCUGGGCUAUUUAUAUCCCACUGACAACCUCAACAUGCUUGCACUAUGUUCAGGUAUGUUUGAACACUGUGUGUUCCAGUACUUAACAGCUGACAACCUCAACAUGCUUGCAUUAUGUUUAGGUAUGUUUGAACACUGUGUGUUCCAGGACUUAACAGCUGACGAGAGAAUUUGAGUCACAGCAGUUAUGAUCCAAUUAAAACAAUGCUAUUUUUCAGUUUUCUCCCUAUACCUUUGGUAAGUUUCAAGAAUGCAAAUGUUGAUCAACAAAAUGAAAUCAAGAGUUGCUUUGGCUGAAUAAAGAAUUGUUCAUUUAUUGUACAUGGUACAUCA